CUUCCCUUAUGUUUUGAAAAAUACACGCUCAGAUGAGCCUUACUGUGCUGUGGCCCUGACAGUCUCCCCAGAGUCCUGAGCUGAGCUGCAGAGGGCCACCACACUGAUCUGCUUCUGCUCUUCUGCAAAACAGGUUUGAUUAAACACUGAUUCUCCAGGUGGAUUGGGAACAUAUCAGCCAUGGCACACUGCGAUCUGCGGUCAGCAUCCUCGUCUUCUGAUGACGACGUCUAUUUGGGACCUUCAGCAAACCCACAUGCCAGACCGACUGACUUCGACUUCCUGGCCAUCAUCGGUAAAGGAACCUUUGGAAAGGUCCUGCUUGCGAAACUGAAAGCCGACAACAAGUUCUAUGCAGUCAAAGUGCUGCAGAAGAAGAUCAUUCUGAAGAAAAAAGAGCAAAAGAACAUCAUGGCAGAGAGAAAUGUGCUGCUGAAGAGCCUGAAACACCCAUUUCUGGUCCGGCUCCACUACUCCUUUCAGACCUCAGAGAAACUCUACUUUGUUCUUGACUAUGUAAACGGAGGAGAGCUCUUCUUCCACCUCCAGAGGGAGAGGUGUUUCUCGGAGCCCAGGGCAAGGUUCUAUGCUGCUGAAGUCGCGAGCGCUGUUGGUUACCUUCACUCUCUUAACAUUGUCUACAGAGAUUUAAAACCAGAGAAUAUUCUAUUAGACUCUCAGGGUCAUGUGGUGCUGACAGAUUUUGGCUUGUGCAAAGAGGGCGUAGAGCCAGAGGGAACCACCUCGACUUUCUGUGGCACCCCAGAAUACUUGGCACCGGAAAUUCUGCGUAAGGAAGCAUACGACAGGACAGUGGACUGGUGGUGUCUGGGAGCAGUUCUUUAUGAGAUGAUCUAUAGUCUGCCUCCUUUCUACAGCCGGGACGUCGGUGAAAUGUAUGAUGGGAUCCUUCACAAGCCCCUGCCACUCCUUCCAGGGAAGUCUGAGGUUGUCUGCUCUCUGCUGAUUGGUCUUCUACAGAAAGACCCACACAGACGUCUCGGAGCCAUCGCUGACUUUUUAGAAAUAAAGAAUCAUCCCUUUUUUGCUCCAAUCAACUGGGACGACCUUUAUCACAAGAGGAUCACUCCUCCCUACAACCCAAAUGUGAGAGGCCCAGCUGACACUCAACACAUUGAUCCGGAGUUCACCAGGGAAAUGGUUCCCAGCUCAGUGAGUCGGACCCCAGAGUUUAAUGCCAGCACCAGCUCCAACAACGCUUUUAAUGGGUUCUCCUUCGUCGGCACAGAGGACAGUUUCCUUUGAGACUUAAUGAUAAGCUGUGUAAAUACAAAAAGCAGUCAGAAAUAACAGUGAAAAUGGUUCUAUCAAAAGGGUGACCAUGGCUCUUCUGUGUUUUUAUCUCCCAAAUGUAACAGAAUCCCUGCUGGCAUAUAGCUCAGAGAGGAAGAAUCCUCCAAAUGGAGAUGUUCAACAUGUCUGGAUAGCAAACGAUCUCUUAUUCAUUUCAUUUGAAGAAGCUUAUGGAAAACCUGAGGCUGGAUUUAGACCAAUAAUUUUUUAUUUACUUUUUAUGUUUUUCUAAAUUAUAUGACUUUUUAUGGCUAAAUGGGUUAAUUGCACAGUGGAACAAAGGUAAAAAUAAUGCACAGCACCAGUCCUCUCAAGUUGCUACGUUUGGCUCUAGUUACUUCAUUAAACAAAGAUGUCAAUGAAUUUCAGGGAACAUUAUUCAGUUUGGAAAUGUAUAUGAAGCAACUGUAAACCUGCUUGUUUUCUAUAAUAACCAGAAACACAUUUAUGAACAAACAUUAAAGGUUUCCAUAUUCUUAAUGAUGAAACACAGAGGGUAACAGUCAUGACAGCAAUGACCUUGAAUGUUCAGGGGUUUGAAUGUCUCCAUUAAUUUGAGAACGAGGUACUGAUGUGAAAACUCUAUGUAGCAGGCAUCUAUAGUAUUAACAUUAAGGUUGGUUAUUAUGCGGAUGAUAUUUAUAAACUGUAACUCCUUGGAAAUCUCUGUACACAUACGGGUACAUCCCAAAAAAUGUGAAUAUUGUGUAAAAGUGUUGUGUGCAAUAUUUUUUGC